UGAUUAUAACAUAGAGGCUUAUAAAGAAAGGGAAACCAAAAGGGAAAAAAAAAAAAAAUGAUCACGGACACUGAUCUUGCCUUCCUUGACUCAAUUCACCAGCAGCUUAUAACCGAUACUACUUUUUCCGACAUUUUUCCGGUAAUCAGUACAACAUUUUAUGAUAAUUACACCAUCCCAGAUAUGAAUAAUAUGGGGGCCGAAUAUGCUUUUUCACCACCACCACCGCCAACCACUUUUUAUCAGGAGGAGGAGGUGGCGGUGUCGGUUAGAAACCACACGCUGCCGGCGUCGACGGCGGCGGAGGAGUGGAGGAGGUAUAGAGGUGUGAGGCGGAGGCCGUGGGGGAAGUUUGCGGCGGAAAUAAGGAACCCGGAAAAGAGAGGGUCCAGGAUUUGGCUGGGGACGUACGAGACGCCGGAGGAUGCGGCGCUGGCUUAUGACCGGGCGGCGUUCCAAAUGCGGGGUUCCCGGGCUUUGCUGAAUUUUCCCCACCUGAUUGAGGACAACAUGAAGGCGCCGCCGGAGAGGGUCGGCCAGAGGAGGCGGUCAAUAUCAUCGGAAACAAAUAUCGAUGAUGAUAGUCCUAAAAGGAAGAAGCUCGCUAGCUCCGGUCCGUCAUUGUAAGGAUUUUCAGGUUGUUUCAACUUUCAACACACGGCUAGCUAUAGUUGAGCUGGGUGAUGAUUUUAUUAUAAGUCAACCUCUUAUAUAUCGUC